GGGGAAGGCGAGGGGUUGAUUCUCCAGCAGAGCAGAGCAGGGGGAGUGUUGAGGGGGUUGCCCGUAGAGAAAGAAGGGCCUGUGCCAUUGUUCAUAUGCAAGAACAAAGGGUCGCACGGACAAUUUUCUUCUUUACCCAUUGAGCCAGGUUCGAGUUUUACACAAUUUACAACAACCAACCCUCCAACUGAAUUUUGUACCUGCAUUUUACAUAGAGUGAUGGUUUUGAAGGGCUAAAGCUGAUGAUGCAGUUCACCUCGCUUUAUUAACAGCGACCGACAGUCCACAGGGAUAUUACCAGGAGGUCCGAGGAGAGAGCGGAGAAUUCCUUCUGCAGGCUGUUCGUCCAAGUCAUUCAAGCUGUACUCCCCAAAGGAGCCUCCUAACGGCAGUGCCUUCCCUCCAUUUCACCCAGGCGCAAUGCUGGAUAGAGAUGUGGGACCGACACCAAUGUAUCCCCCAUCUUACAUGGAACCUGGAAUAGGGAGGCACACGCCGUAUGGAAAUCAAACAGACUACAGAAUAUUUGAGCUAAACAAAAGGCUACAGAAUUGGACAGAGCAGGACUGUGACAAUCUAUGGUGGGAUGCGUUCACCACAGAAUUUUUCGAAGACGAUGCCAUGCUGACUAUUACAUUCUGUCUGGAAGAUGGACCCAAACGAUAUACCAUUGGUAGGACAUUGAUCCCCCGAUACUUUAGAAGUAUUUUUGAGGGUGGGGCCACUGAACUCUUCUAUGUGCUAAAACAUCCCAAGGAGUCUUUCCACAAUAACUUUGUGUCUCUGGACUGCGACCAGUGCACCAUGGUUACACAGAAUGGCAAACCCAUGUUCACACAGGUGUGUGUGGAGGGCCGGCUAUACCUGGAGUUUAUGUUUGAUGACAUGAUGCGUAUAAAAACGUGGCACUUCAGUAUCAGACAGCACAGAGAGGUUGUGCCAAGGAGCAUCCUGGCAAUGCAUUCCCAAGACCCUCAAAUGCUUGACCAGCUAUCAAAAAACAUCACAAGAUGUGGCUUAUCUAACUCGACGCUGAACUACCUCCGACUUUGUGUAAUCCUGGAGCCCAUGCAGGAGCUGAUGUCCAGACAUAAGACGUACAGUCUCAGCCCACGAGACUGCCUCAAAACUUGCCUUUUUCAGAAAUGGCAGAGGAUGGUGGCCCCACCAGAUAUGAUGUCUUCUGCUCCUUCUCCAGCUGAGCCUGCGAGACAGGCUCCCAACAAACGAAGGAAACGAAAAAUGUCUGGUGGCAGCACCAUGAGUUCAGGAGGGGGAAACAACAGCAACAGUAAAAAGAAAAGUCCAGCCAGCAGUUUCGCGCUCGCCAGCCAGGUACCUGAUGUGAUGGUGGUGGGAGAGCCCACACUGAUGGGAGGGGAGUUCGGGGAUGAGGAUGAGCGGCUGAUCACACGGCUGGAGAACACACAGUUUGAUGCGGCCAAUGGCAUCGACGACGAGGACAGUUUCAACAGUUCCCCAGCCCUGGGCACCAACAGCCCCUGGAACAACAAAGCUCCCUCCAGCCAGGAGAGCAAAAAUGACAAUCCCACCUCACAGUCAUCCCAGUAGAAGUAUUAGGGGCUAGCAAAGGGCUCAUAACUGUCAGAGGACAUUUGCACCUUUGUUUAAACCGGCAUUCGCAUGACAGUUCUUAAGCCGGAUUUCUUGUCAUAGUUUCUGGCUUGAUGAGUCCUCAAUUGGCCAACACCUCAUCAUCCUGCUCUGUCACCAUCAGACAUGCCGUUUUGUUGAUUCUUUUGUUUGAGAGUCAUUUUCAUACCAUCAGUUCUGUGUCUGGCCCAUUUGACCUUGUAGAGCCUCGACUCUACAGGCUUAGUGAAGGCAGCCGUGUCGGGUUAUUGUUCCAACCUCGGGUCUCUGUCUGUGCGCGCUGUGCUUUUAAAACGCAUGGCCGUUUCUGUUGUGCUCACUUGACAGGAAAGAAUCACUUUUAUCUAACCAUUUAGUGAUAUGACCAUUGUGUGCACCUCAGAUUCAAACCCAACGCUCUAUUUUUAAAAACUAAAUUAUUUGUUUUGUAGGACCUGGUUGGAACAAAAACCUGUACAGUUCCGGAGCUUGAGGACCGGAGUUGAGAACCACUACGUAAAGUCCUUAAAGUAAAAGUAAAUAAAGUGUAAAGCAUUGAGGGUCUUGAGUUUGGUCUUGCCCAAAAUGGUCAUGGAGAACUUGCAUGACUAUUAAGCCAGACUUAAGAGAAUUCUUUUUUUUUUUUUUUUUAUAUUAUUAUUAUUAUAACGAUUUCUAAGGAGAAAAUAAGCAAGCAAACAAAAACUCUAAAUAUCCUUUGCACUCUUGUCACUGUAUUUUGGAUCAAUUUUUCUUAUAAAAUUAUGAUGAAUUUUGUUCUUAUUAAAAAACAAAUUGAUAAUCUUUAACUGGAAAAUGCUUUCAAUUUCAAUGAAAAAUAAAAAAAUUUGUAUUGUUAUUGGUUAACAACAUUAUUAUAAGUAGAUGCAACUUUGCUCUAAGCUUUACACCUAACUGUCUAGCUUUUUAUGUUUAAAUUGUCAUAAAAAAAUGAGAUUACUGUACAUGAUCAUGGCAUGUAUGUCUGGGGACCGCAUGUAUCAGACAUUAGCUGUUGCAACUGUAUUGGUCUCAUUGUUUGCAGAUCUAAAUCUUACACUGUUAGUACAACGGCUGGUGGCACAUUUUGUCCAGACCGUAGCAAUGAACAUUUUUGUUUUCUACAAGUUUUUUAGAUUAUUGAGAAGAACCAGCCCAAUGGCUUUGUAUAAACCCAGUCAUUCACAAUGAUUAGUUUGCUUUAAAAGUCUAGGAAAGCAUCCUUUUCUGAGAAAUUGUGGUAUAUACUUAGCAUCCCAGGAUUUUUUCUCCCCUAAUGCUACAGACCAAGGAGCAAGAUCCUUUAACAACACAUUUAUAUAAAGAUUGUUUUUACAUCAUUUUAUGUAUUUGUGAUUGUAUAUUUAAGAUUGUAGCCAAGUUCUGUAUGAGUGUAAUUCUAUUUACUCUUCUUUAGGAACCCCGUUCCUUUCACCCCUUGCUAAAGAAUCUGUCACAUGUCAAAAGUAAAGCUAAACUUCUAAUUUCAAAAGUUUUUUAGAUGCAUUAAAGGUACAACUACCUUUCACCUAAGGUAGAUUAUAGUUAAUGUAUAAGGCUUUGCCAUUGCAUUAUAUAUCAAGACAGAACAUGUUACUGUGUAUUUAAUGUUUCCUUUGUAUGUUAUUUCAUAUUCUAUGUUAUGUUUGCCUAAAAUGUUAUAUCAAAUUCAGUGAAUCCAUAAGAAUCCUUAUUAAACUUUAGAUAAUGUAAAAACAAUCCUGAUUGCUAAUUCCUAGAGGCUACCUUCAGGUUACAGUCUAUUGGGUUUUAACACCAGAGGGCUACAUUUCACUAGCAAAUUGUAACAUUUUCAUCCUGGUUUUUUUGGCAACAACAUACAAAUCCUAAAUUAAUUUCUCUCAUCGCUGUCUCAUAAAAUACAGUGCUGUUUUAGUUUCAUUUACUAAAUCAUCCACAAAUACAGGUGUGCUCUUUUCUGUCCUUUCGAGCUCAUUUGUUAGUGGUUUUAUGAAUAUAUAUUUGCUUAUAUUGUCUGCCAUUGACAAUUGAUGUAUGGUACCAAUAAAACAAGUUUUCACAUUUAUUAUGUGUGGUAAGUGGC